UGUCCCUGUUUUCUUACCGUAGUUUGCCCCAACUUGGUUCCGCGUCGUUGCUUCGUUGAUUUCGUAGUCUGAGAAGUAGUGGAUGGUGUUAAAUAUUAUCCAAUGACAACAUGGACCCUCAUUGCCCUCACCUGAUCGCCGACUGCCUUAUUCAUAUUUUUUCGUUUCUGCCCGAAGAGGAUUUAAUCAGUGCUUCCAGUGUGUGCAAGGACUGGAAUGAUGCUGCAGAGGCUCCUUGGUUAUGGAGGAGGAUGUGUCUGCACCGCUGGAGUUUCUGUAAUCUCUCCGUCUUGGGAAGUGAGCACGUGAAUCACUCUUGGAAGAGAUACUUCCUGCGACGCUCCUACUUGGAGAUGAAAAUGACUAAAGGGAGGUCAGGAGGCUACACCUGCAAAAGCCUCAGAGGGCACACAGGCAGGGUGGUAGGCUUGGUGUACCUGAACGGGAAUUCAAACCAGCAACCCGACCUCUGGAGCAACAGCGCCACAGUCUGCAGUGCUUCUACUGAUGGGACAGUCCGAGCAUGGGACAUCCAAAAUAGUAAGCUCCUGUGGUGCAGCCCCGUGCAGAGUCCUCUGACAGCGAUUGUAAGUGAUGAACAGCAUGAAAUGGUGAUCACAGCAGACUCUGCCGGCCUCAUUAAGACCUGGCGAGGCCAGACUGGAGAAGAGGUGGCCUCCUUUACCACUGCAUCUCCGUACUGUACCUUACUACAGUACAACAUAAACAGUGAUUGGUUUCUGACCUUUGGAACCUGUCAGGGAUCUGUGCAUACCCUUGCUGGUUCUUCUUUGACUGAAAAGUCCAACAUAGUGGUGUGUGACUCCUUCAGAGUCGACAUACUUCUAAUUUCACCUGACAAGAAAUGGAUUGCGGCUGGUUCCACACACAGUGGUGACUCAAGUCUAAAGGUGAUUUACGCUGAGAGAGUGACCUCUCCAUCUGAGGAGAACGAUCCUCUGUGUAAGCCUUUGCCAGUUGCUGGGUGCCUGGCUGCUGUCUUCGUACCCACCCAGCCUGCCAGGCUGGCCAUCGUCCACACAAACGCACCCUCAAGAGACAAAGUCCUCACUGUGUUCGAUGUCAGCAUGAAAAAGGAUAAGUACAAGUCAGAGAUCCAGGUCCAGCAGGUGGAAUCCUUCCCCUUGACGCUCAACACCUGGUCAUCAAAUAUCCUUCUAGAGGCCAAGGACAGCAACUGUAUAGUCCUGGCAGCUAAUGAACAGCUUUGGGUUUACUCUCUGAAAGGAGCCCUGAUUGCUAACUUUAAAGAGCAUGUCAUGCCCAUCUCUGCUAUAUAUGUGGACAGUUUUCGUGUGGUAACGGCGUCUCAGGACCUCUCCUUACGAGUGCUGACGUGGAGAAAUGACAGAGACCGUGGAUUGACUCUGGAGAGUCAGUACCAUUUACUGGGAGGCUCUCACUCAAUGUCCAGUGGGUUCACUCACGUCUGCUGUGACUACACCAGCAUUGUGGCCUCAGUAGAAGGGAAAGAUGGGAAAGAUGUCUUAAAAGCAUAUUCUUUCACCUCCUGAGCAGCACAGCGUCAGUCCGUGUCAUAUAAGGACGUGUUGGCAGCCUUUGUCUCUUGGAUGUGACCGGGCUAAGGACGUAAUUUGCCAAAAAAAUAUUCUGCUCAUUUGUUUUUCAGUUUUAUACCUCCACUCUACUGAAGUAUUAUGUCACUGAUACAAGCUGGUCAAAUAUCAGUGACAACAAACUAUAUAUAAACGUUCAUAUUAAGACCACACUGACAGAUUUCAAUUUUUACACAAAUUAAACAAAUGAAGGCAAAAAAAA